UAUAAUGUAAAUAAAAUUCCUCAAUGUAUUCUUUGGAUGCACCUUACAAGAGUGCUCAUGUUGUUCGCAUCCAAUAUAGCUGGAGAGCAUCAAGAGGGUGGUUCAGUUUUGGUUGGUUCUGACUCUAAUGGGUCCAUUCAAAGCCACAAAAAACCAGUACCAUGCAUUUUUAAUCAGGUGGCUUCUGAGGUCGCUUUCUCCAUUGAAGGAUGUAAAUUAUGUGCAAGAACUGUGGGCUGAAAAACUGAACCAAAGUGAUAGAAAGAAAAUGUCAUUACCUCACGACAGGAAGGCUGUGAUUUUAUUACAUUGAUCUGUAAUUCUCAUUUCCAAUAAGUGAUGCGAGACACAGCACCAGAACUCACCGCUCCGAGCAGCCGAUGGGGGCUCGUCCUGGAUUAUCGCUCUUUCUUUUAAAGUGCUGCAAAAUGAGUAGAAAAUAAAUAUUUUACAUUAACAGAAACCUUGACGAUUCUUUGGACUGGACAGCACGACAUAAUUUCUUUAUUGGAUCAUCUAAACUUAAAGCAUGAGUACGUGGACAUUGCUGAGUGUUUUGUCUGGGUUUGUGAGUUUAUCCUGUGAAGCUGUGCGGAGCUGUGAAGAGUUACAAUGCGAUGAAGAUCAGCGAUGCUGCACUCAGGAGAAUAACACAACGGUCCACUGCUGCAAACUCCCCCAGCACACUUUCCUGGGCAACCUGGACUGGAUCGUCCGGAAGCUUUCGGGUCUCCUGAUUCUGCUGCUUCUCUUCUUGGUGGGUUACUUCAUUCAGCGGGUCGCGUGUCCGCGUCCCCGUCGCCAAACGACCGAGGAGCCAUCCCUCCUGCACGGACAUGAAUCCCAGGACUCUCUCACGGGAGAAUUCAGCUCCCCGGUACUGCAGCUCCCCACAUAUGAGGAGGUGAAAGAUCUGCCCACAUAUGAGGAGAUCAUGAUGGAGGUAAAUGGAAAUUAUAUGGACACAAAUACAGGAGCACCGGAGGACAGAUGAGAAAUCUCCAACACAUCUAAAAGAGCCAGAACCUCUCAUACACAUACGUGCGUGCUGAUUUUUGUUUGUGGAGCAGCUAAUGUGUUAAAUUAUUCACUAGCACUUUUAAACAAUGACAUUUUUCCUUAUUGUUUAAUAACUACUACUGGACAAUUCUGUUGAAUGCGCACCAACAUAAAAUUAAUGUUCAUAUUUAUCUGGAAUUAAAGCUAAUUAGCUGAUUGAUAGUGCUUUAUUAUUUCUGCAAAAUAUGAGCUCCAGCCACUUAAAGUGAAAAUUAAUCUUCCUACAGUAUAUUGUAUUGCUGGUCAGAUUGUGAGUUAAAAUGAGGUUUACAGCAUCCAAUCAUUUCCCAAGGAAAAAUUGUCAAGGAGAGGAUGUUUUUAUAUUGACGUGUCAGAAAAUGUUUCAAUGCUGACAGGUUUGUAGGUCUUGAAUUUUAUCUAGUCAUAAAAUGAUGUUAAAUUAUAUUGUGACAUGGAACAUUGGUUUAUAAGAAGACAUGCAUUCAACAUCAUAUGAAGCGUUUUUGCACUGUUAAGUUUGUAAAUAAGGAAACAUUUUAGCACCAAAAAACAUGUAAAUAACAAUACACAACUCACUCUAUAAACAGAUGCGAAACUCUAAAUUAUGAAGUUACUGUAUUAUGUUGUUAUUAUAACAACCGUUUUGCAAGAGCUAUAUCUCUUAUGAGCUAUAAUAAUUUUGUACCCCAAGAUUUGCCACAGCAAGCACCACUCACAUGUUUUUCUCACGAGAUCUAGUGUUCCAUGAUUCUCAAUAAGAGCGGGAUGACUGCAGUGGACAAGAACAUAGAUUAGAUUAUUUUUGUUAAUAACUUGUGCAUUUUUUCGUCUGAAAUCAUAAGGGUUCUGCAAAUUGCUCAUCCAAGCUCAACUUUACUACCUUCUGUGCCCUU